AUGUUCAAUCUCCCUUCAAACGCCAAUGCCUGCUUCUGGCAAAACAUCCCCCAUGAACUACACAACCAUCGCUCUACCGAAGAUCUCCCCAGGCACAGCGAUGUCGUGAUUAUUGGCGCCGGGUAUGCAGGCGUGAGCACCGCCUGGCAUUUACUACACAAUCACCACAGCAUCAAUUCCAUCACUAUCCUCGAGGCAAGAGGCGCGUGUUCUGGCGCCACCGGUCGGAAUGGAGGCCACCUGCGCCCGGAUCUGUACGGGCAUAUCCCCACGUACAUUGACCGCGCUGGACCCGAAGCGGCGGCGGAGAUUGCCGAGUUUGAGAUUGCGCAUGUCAAUGCGAUCAAGAAACUUGUGGAAAGCGAGGAGAUCGACUGCGAUUUCACACUCACGAGGACGAUAGAUGUGUGGUGUAACGAGGAAGCGGCGGAGGGGGCGAGGAAGGUGUAUGAGCGGAUGAAGGGGCAUGGGUUCGAGUACAUGGACGAUGUUGUCUUCUACACCGGAAAGAACGUAGAGGGGAUCUGCGGCGUCAAAGGUGCCGUGGCCUGUGCCUCCUACACAGCCGGCACCAUCUGGCCGUACAAGUUCAUCAUGCACCUUCUCGCCAAACUCCUGGCUUCAGGGAAGGUCAAUCUGCAAACACACACCCGCGCGACAGCAGUCACUCCAUUUGCAGAUGGCAAUGGCAGCGGCUUCACAGUCGACACUCCCCGCGGCUCCCUCCACGCAGACAAGGUCAUCCACGCCUCCAACGCCUACGUCUCCUCCCUCCUCCCACAGUACAAACACAGCAUCAUCCCCUGCAAGGGCAUCUGCUGCCGCAUCACCGUCCCGGAAGGGAAACCCGCCCCCCUCCUCACAAACUCCUACAUCAACCGCACCAAGGAGAAUGUCCUGUCGUACCUCAUCCCCCGCCCAGACGGGAGCAUCAUCGUCGGCGGCGCCUCGGCGCUCUUCAAACCUCACCGUGAGCAGUGGUACAACAAUACCGACGACAGCGUGCUCAUCGACGUGGCGAAGGACUUCUACGACGGGUACAUGCAGCGGACGUUCCGCGGGUGGGAGGAGUCCGGGGCCGGGGUCGACCAGAUCUGGACGGGGGUGAUGGGCUAUUCGUACGACUCGAACCCGCAUGUUGGGGCUGUUCCGGAGAACGAGGGACAGUUCAUCCUGGCGGGGUUGAAUGGCCAUGGGAUGCCGGUUAUUUGGCUGGCGGCAGAGGGAUUGGCGAGGAUGGCGGGCGAGGGGAUUGGCUUUGAGCAGACGGGGAUGCCGAGGCUGUUCAAGACGACGAAGGAGAGGAUCGAGAGGGCGCAGAGGGGGAGCGAAGAGGAGGGGGAUAUUCUGGGGACAGGGUCAUUCUUUGCUACUAAGCAGUAG